AUUUCGGUGUUUUCUGUGGUUUCGUUUAUUUGGGAAAGGAUUAACCUCUUUGAUGAUAAUUUUUCGCCACUAUUUACGAAAAAUAGCCAAUAAUAUAAUGUCGCUACAAAAAAUCGAGAAAAAUGCUGUUCUUAUAAAGAAUACGAUGGAUGAAUUGAAGGUUGAUCUCAAAGUGAUGAACGAAAAAUAUAAUAUGCUCUUGGCUCAACAAUUGAGAGAGGAAAAUGCUAAGCUUGUGCUAGCUGUGGAACAAGCAAAACAAAAACUCAUUCUAUUGGAAACGCAGAACGGUAUCAAGCAAAUUAAAGUACCAUCCCGAAAAAUGUGUACUCAAUCAUCCGGUGCUCCAGUACAGAAACUGGCGGAGGAGAAACAAGAUCUGCAGAAGGUUUCUGAAGAAAAAACGAACGCUAACAAAAAGCCUAAAGAAGCUAAACCUAAAAAAGUGAAGGAAACCAAAGAACCCGUUGCUGAACUUCCUAUAGAUGUAGGAAGAUUGGAUUUACGUAUUGGUCACAUUGAUCACGUCGAGAAACAUCCCGAGGCAGACACCCUCUAUCUUCUCAAAAUAAGUUGUGGUGAAGAAAAGCCAAGAACUGUCUGUUCUGGUUUAGUCAACCACGUCCCCAUGGACAAACUGAAAGAUCGUUACGUUGUCUUGUUAUGCAACUUGAAGCCUGUGAAGAUGCGUGGAAUUGUUUCUGAAGCUAUGGUAAUGUGCGCUAGCUGUGAAAAGGGGGUAGAGGUCCUGAUACCGCCUCAAGGUUGUUCACCAGGCGAUCUUGUCGAAUGUGAGGGUUAUAACCGUAACCCUGAUGCGGUAAUGAAUCCUAAGAAGAAAAUUUUCGAGACAGUUGCUCCAGAUUUACAUACUAACGAUUCGCUGGAAGCAUGUUACAAAGAUAAGGUUUUGUCAGUCCCUGGUAAAGGUAAUAUUGUAGCUGAAACUUUGAAAAAAGUGCCAAUAAAAUAAUGAAAUAUCGA